GUACAUUGUGAGGGUGUGCUCCGCGCCAUUUACAAGAUCCGAACUUUUGCAUUAUGAACAGUUUCUGGAGUCCGUCACCGACAACCAGGCAAAUUUUAGUCCAUCUCGCUGCCUUCGUCUCUUGGGGUUUGUCGUGCAGCCGAUGAAUUUGAUAGAUCUUUUUGUGAUCAUACCCUUCGUCGUCGAGUCUUCCUUGAUGAUCACGACAGCAAACUUCACCGUUCUGCGAGUGCUGCGCCUGACACGACUAUUCCGGCUGGUGAAGCUAGGCAAGUCCUUCGAGGUACUGCAGAUUAUUGGCAGGGUGUUCCACAAGUCCAUCGCCAUGUUCUGGGUGUUUGCCGUAAACCUGUCUCUGGCCCUUUGCUUCUCUGCUGCGACGAUAUACUUUGUGGAGGGAGGCGAGUGGGAUGAGGACGCACAGACUUACAUACGAACUGGCCAUGAUGGGCAAAAGUCAGUGACACCUUUCCAGAGUAUUCCGCAUUCGUUCUGGUGGGUCUUCGUCACCUUCACCACAGUUGGAUAUGGUGAUGUCGUGCCCGAGACUUUCUUGGGGAAACUGAUCGGGGCAAGCAGCAUGCUAGUUGGCAUUUUCGUCCUUGCGCUGCCCAUCAGCGUCAUCUCGACAACCUUUGGAGAGGUGUGGCACGAAUGGAAGGAAGAGCUGCGGCUUGAGGCUCAGUCAAGAGAGGAGGAUCUGAGGAGUGUCGAGCUUGCGCUUCAAAUUAUCGAGAACCGCACCCACAUGGUUGUCGAGAUCUAUGAUCACUCAGAUCGGUACCCCCCAGAGUUUUUGGGCCAAGUGGCUUGGAAGUCUCUUCCGCUGGACUCAAAGGAGACAGUUGACUGUCCUGAUCAGUCUUUCCCGAUCAAAUCGAGCUCGGAGAAGGGGACAGCGGACGUCUCCCUCGGAGAGCUGGUUAUAGGUUACACUUGGACGCCUUCAGAUGAGAAGGAUCUCUCACGAUAUUCUGGCACGCUGGAGGUCCGGGUUCGGAGCGCCGAAGGACUGCUGCCAAGCGACUGGAAGAAGCAUGGCAAGCGAAACGUGUACGCUCUUCUUCGUUGCUGGCCCAAGCCACCCGAGUCUCAAAGGCUGGGACAAAGCUUUGACAUGACGUACUACACCCGCAUAGCGGAUGCAACUUUGGAUCCAGAAUGGGACGAGACCUUCGAAUUUGAUUUUGAUUGGCCGUGCGACUGGAGACCUCAGAAGGAGCAGCCGCCCCAACCGCGCACUAGUACGCGGUUCCAAGACUCGCCAACUCUGAGGAGAAGUGCCUCAGCCGCCUCUAUGACCUCUUCAUUGCGAAAAUCUCGGUCCCAGGUAAUGAUGUCCAGAUCUAACAUGUCAGCCAUCAAUGAGACGCGGGACUUGCGGGAGACGUUUGCCAGGGACCCGCAACUGAUGCGGGACCCGCGGGAUUGGGAAUCGCGGGAUACCCCGCAAGACAUGACAAUGAGUCCUGUCAUGCGGCAGAUGGUGGAGAAUCAGGCAGCGGAGCUCCGGGAGUUGCGGCUGGAGGUGGGGACGUUGUCGCGUGCCAUGGGAGAUCUUCUUCCGCUUCUGCAGAGCAUCUCGAUUGUUCCAGACGUCAGCCUUGGCGUUUCAGCUGGUGUGUCCGACGCACGCAGCAGACCGGGGUCACGGCCAGAAUCGAAACCCGUGUCAAGACCCGAGUCGCGACCGGAUUCGAGAGCAGGGUCGAGGCCAGGAUCGAGACCAGGAUCAAGACCGGUAUCAAGAUCGGGAUCCAGGUCAGGAUCUAUCUCCGUCUGCCCGCCAGCAGCAGCAGGCUUCUUCACUCAUCCAGGAGCUCCGCAAGCAGCACCGCCAAUCAUGCAGGAUGGGGCCUGCGACUCGGUGGGCACCUUGAUCUGCGCCGUUGAUCCGACUCAGACUAUACCACUGGGUGAAGAAGCAACUGACGGUGAAGAAGAACAAGAAGACAACGUGAACGAAACGACCUUGCGGCUUCCGGGUUGCCCUGACGGAGCUGAUGAUCCGACGGACUUCUAG